UGAUUGUGUAGGUAGGAUACUGUGUGGACGUGAGAGUCAAUCUGUGGGUGUAUUUCUGCUUGAUUGACAUCACAGUCUCACCUGCCCCCAGGUUUAUAAUGUGAUGGAGACAGCAGCCUCUCAGGCAGUUCAGGAACACUGCGGAGUUAACACCAUCCAGGGGAAAGGAUCUAAUGUGUAUCAGAGACUCAAACCUUCUGUAUCUUUGGGAACAUUCGACUAGCUCUCAUGCCCCAUCUGGGCAAGAGAGAUCUGCAGACAUCCCAGAAUCAGGAGACUGUGCUUGCUACCAUGACACUGCUUUAACAGGUCAGCGUGCUGAGAUCAUGGCUGUCCACGAGUCUCUCCAGAAGGAAACCUCUGCUAACGAGACCCUGAGAUCGAUGGAUGGCAGGCACCUUAAUGGCACCUUCCUCCCGUACUACCAGCACUCUCCAGCAGUGGCAGCUGUCUUCAUUGUUACUUACCUCUGCAUCUUCCUCUUGUGCAUGGCUGGGAACUCCCUGGUGUGCCUGGUGGUGGUGAGGAACCAGCGCAUGCACACGGUCACCAACCUCUUCAUCCUGAACCUUGCCAUCAGUGACCUGUUGGUGGGCAUCUUCUGUGUGCCAACCACCCUCCUGGACAACCUGAUCACAGGCUGGCCCUUCAACCAGGUCGUCUGCACCAUGAGUGGCCUUGUCCAAGGAUCGUCUGUCUCGGCCUCCAUUUUCACGCUUGUGGCCAUCGCCAUGGACAGGUUCCACUGCAUCAUCCUGCCCUUCAGGGAGCGGCUCAGUCUUCUCAAGGCUGUGAUAAUUAUCGUCGUCAUGUGGGUUCUAGCCAUAGCCAUCAUGUGCCCUUCUGCCAUCCUGCUGACCGUCGCCCACAUGGAGGACCACUUCCUGGUGCUAAACGAUGGGUACAACACCACCUACCCCCUCUACACCUGCUACGAGGCCUGGUCUGACAGCAGCAUGCGGAAACUGUACACCACCAUCCUCUUCACCCACAUCUACCUCAUCCCCCUCGUGCUCAUUGUCUUCAUGUAUGGAAGAAUCUGCCUGAAGCUCUGCAGCUCCACGGUGCCCAUCCCCGAACAUCCCACCUGUGCCAGCAGAGUCGGUAGCACAUCCAGAAAGAGGAUCAGGGUCAUUAAGAUGCUGAUCUUGGUUGCACUCCUCUUUGUGGUCUCCUGGCUGCCUUUGUGGACGCUGAUGCUGCUGGUGGAUUACACCAACUUGACUGAUGACCAUCUGGAUUUGCUGACAGGCUAUUUCUUCCCCUUUGCCCACUGGCUAGCUUUCUCUAAUAGCAGCAUCAACCCAGUCAUCUACGGCUACUUCAAUGAGAACUUCAGGAGGAGCUUCCAGGCGGCCUUUAACUUCCAGCUGUGUUCCCAGGAGACAAAGCAUAAGGAGACUUACUCUGAGCACUCUCGCGUCCCCACCAGCUUCAGGAUGUGCAAUAGAGUCUUUGCGAAGGCAACCUCCUCCAACUGUGUAUCCUCCCAUCACACUCAAAACGCUGCCUCUCUCUUCUCCAGAAGUGUUCAGCCCAUGUGCCCUGGCCUGGGCUUGGAAAACAUUGAUAAAAUAAUGCCCUACCACGGAGUAACCCAGGCCUGGGAGAAAUCAGAGGCAUAAAAGUGGAGAGCAAGCAAUACCCUCCCCUAUUUCUAUGAGAAGAAAAGCCUGUCUUCUCCUCAUUCAGGUGGAAGAGACCUUCGGCUUAGCUGGGGUCCUUCAUUCACUCUAGAGGUGAGAAGAAAAGUUCACAAAGGUGCAUUUGAGAGGAGGGUGGUUGAUCCUGUGGAGUCCUGCGUUGUAUCCUUGCCACUGACCUGCUGUGGGACUUUGGGCACGUCAUUUCUUCUCUCUGUGCCUCGGAUUUCCGAUGUGUCCAGUGAGAGUAGCUGUGAUACUGACUCGCCUUUGUAAAGCACUUCGACAUCUGUGGAUCGUCAUCCUCACAACUGUGCAUGUUCCUGCUCAAUGGAACCAGGUUGUUUUAUGUGGAUUGAACUUUAUUCAACUGGACGUCCUUCAUCUUCUCUUUAUGCUUAGCUGCCAAUGGGUUGUGAGGGUGUGCAGCUGAUACAACGGACAGCGGGUAUCGCCAGACCCUGGGUAAAGGACGGAGAGAUGAGAAAAGAAAUAACAGCAAAACUAAAAAGCGAAAUGCAUUGACACAACUGUCCUGUGAGGGUUGUGGUGGGAUAGCUGGGUUUGGGAUGAUCCAGUGCUCAAUGCAGGGAGAUAUUCUCCAAGGCUAAUUCCUUGCAGACUCUUAAAACCAGCCCUCUCUCCAGCCGUGGUUUCUCACUGGGAGACAAGGCUCUCUCGAUCAUUUGCCUAGUGCUAAGUUUUCAUGAACCUCAGUGAGACAGAUUUGCAAACCAUCAGUGCAUUUGCACCCUGUCAUGGCUAAGCAUGUUUUCCCCACUUGCACAUGAAAGCUUGUCCUUACACAACAUGGACCGUCCCUCUUGACAAGUUUACAAACUGCUGCUUAAGUCUGCCUGGGAAAUUGGUGGCUUGGAAGUCCAUCAAUUCACAUGCCAAAUGGGUAUUUGCACCUGGAGAUAGCCAUGGGAUAGGCAAUGGACAUUUAUGCAAAUCUGAAGUACUGUCCCACGCUGGUGCAUCAACAGAGGAGGUUUUGGUACAAAUUGACAAAUUAAACAGUGAUAAGACACCCAGACCAGAUGGGAUUCACCCCCGAGUUCUGACAAAAUUCAAAUCUGAAGUUGCAGAACUGCUAACUGUGGUAUGUAGCCUAUUGCUGAAACAAGCCUGUGUGCCAGAUGAGUGGAAGGUAGCUAAGGUGAUGCUGAUUUUUAAAAAGGGCCACAGAGGUGAUCCUGGCAAUUACAGGUCGGUUAGCCUGACUCCAGCACCAGGCAAACUGGUAGAAACUAUUGCAAAUAGUUCACGGGGCAACACUGGUACAGGGAGGUGAAAAGUACAUUUCACUAUUCCAGUUUCAGUGAAUGGAGUCCCGCAAAUUGUACAGAACUGAUGGGGCUGUAUCUCAGACGACAGACUUUCCAUGUGGGCUGUUCACUUGGGUUAGCAUUGCAUUCUGCUCCGUUUUGCUCAGUUGUCACUAGUGCAAAGACAGGACCAUUGUGAAAUCCAAGCCACGCCAGUCAUCAACCAUUUCUUAGCUUGUGAAACGGAACUGUUUUUAAAAAUCCUUUAACGCUCUCUGCAUUAACUAGGUAAUCCCAGCAGUGCCAAAAUAACAAGAAAGACAAAGCAAAGGGUGUUGCAAGGACCAAUUAAUGUUUGUUCAAAUAAGCUGAAAAUCAACAGCGCUGUAUCUUGGUCAUUCUUAUGUGCACGAAAAUAAAUACUGCCGGAAUCCUUUCAC